GGCCGGAAUGUGAUCCGAGGAGGAGCCGGCGGCUGAGGGUGGAAGAAUGAAAGAAAAGAAAGAUGAAAGAAUGUUGAACCACUUUGUCUGGCUGUAUGAUGGAAGGAAACGGAACUGAAAAUCCUUGCAGCAGAACACUUGGAUGGCUUCAACAAGAUAACGAUGCUAAGCCGUGGCUUUGGAAAUUCUCUAAUUGCUUCUCUCGUCCUGAGCAGACAUUGCCUCUUAGUCCCCAAACGAAAGAAUCCAUGGAGAACAAGAAAGCUGUUGUGGAAUUAAAGGAUGUACCAUCUCCCCUUCACAUUGGCUCUAAAAUUUUCCCAGCAGUCCCACUUCCUGAUAUUCAUUCUCUUCAGCAACCUACAGUACAGCUUUCAACUGUCCCCAAAGUAAGCUGCUGUGCUCAUUGCCCUAAUGAACCCUGCACUUCACCAAUGCGUUUUGGCGGUGGCAGUGGUGGUGGCAGCGGUGGAGGUACUGGUAGCCUGAGUCACACGGGCACACUCUUAGACUCGCAGAGCACCAGGACAGUCACAUGUCAGGUAGGGUCAGGGUUUGCUUUCCAGUCUGCCUCUUCCCUCCAGAACGCCUCCGCUAGGAACAACUUGGCAGGCAUUGCAAGUGACUUUCCCAGCAUGUGUGUAGAGAGCAGUCUAUCUUCCUGCAAGCACCUACCCUGUUGUGGAAAACUCCAUUUCCCAUCAUGUCACAGUAACGUGCACAAGCUGCAUCCAUUUCCAGCUCUGCAGGGCUGCACCUCUGCUGGCUAUUUCCCUUGUUCUGAUUUCCCAAGUGGGGCUCCUGGCCAUUUGGAAGAACACCUUUCACAGUCGGAGCUAACGCCUCACUUGUGCACCAACUCCUUGCACCUAAAUGUGGUACCUCCGGUUUGUUUAAAGGGCUCACUGUAUUGUGAAGACUGUCUAAACAAGCCAGGAAGAAAUAGUAUAAUUGAUGCUACUAAAGUCUGGCCAAAUAUACCACCUCCGAGCACUCAGCCUGCCCCUCGCGCUGUCCCUCUGUGUAAUGGCUGUGGAACCAAAGGAACAGGGAAGGAGAACGCAUUGUUGCUGGCGACCAGUCUAAGCAAAGCUGCUUCAAAAUUUGGGUCACCAGAAGUUUCAAUAGCUGGACAGGUGCUAGAAAACCUGCCUCCCAUUGGAGUUUUUUGGGAUAUAGAAAAUUGCUCAGUUCCUUCUGGCCGGUCAGCUACUACGGUUGUGCAAAGAAUCCGUGAGAAAUUUUUUAAAGGGCACAGAGAAGCAGAAUUUAUCUGUGUGUGUGACAUCAGUAAAGAAAAUAAAGAAGUUAUUCAAGAACUGAAUAAUUGCCAGGUCACUGUUGCUCAUAUCAAUGCCACUGCGAAGAACGCAGCCGAUGAUAAACUCCGGCAGAGUCUGCGCAGGUUUGCGAACACUCACACGGCCCCAGCCACGGUGGUGCUGGUGUCAACUGAUGUCAACUUUGCAUUGGAACUUAGUGACUUGAGGCACAGGCACGGUUUUCACAUCAUCUUGGUCCAUAAAAACCAAGCCUCAGAAGCACUGCUGCAUCACGCCCAUGAGCUGAUCGGAUUUGAAGAAUUCAUUUCUGACCUGCCUCCCCGGUUACCACUCAAGAUGCCACAGUGCCACACUCUGCUCUAUGUUUAUAACCUACCAGCAAAUAAAGACGGCAAGAGCAUCAGCAACAGGCUUCGACGCCUGUCUGAUAAUUGUGGUGGGAAAGUGCUGAGUAUCACGGGCUGCAGUGCCAUUCUCCGCUUCAUUAACCAGGAUAGCGCAGAGCGGGCCCAGAAACGCAUGGAGAAUGAAGAUGUCUUUGGUAAUAGGAUCAUUGUGUCGUUUACUCCAAAAAGUAGAGAACUCUGUGAAGCAAAGAGCUCAAAUGCAAUUGCAGAUAAAGCAAAGUCUCCAAAAAAAAUUAAGAAUACGAAGCUGUGCCUCAUCAAAGACACAAGUGAGCAAUCUUCUAGUGCCAAAGCCACCCCUGGGAAAGGGCCACCGAUGAACUCUGGAUCUGCAACAAAAAGCACUCAUGUUAAAAGCUUACAGGAGCUGUGCCGCCUGGAGCAGAAGAUGGGCAGCAGAAACACUGAGCACCAGCAGGGCCACCCGAGGCUGGCAGCACUGCCGCACAGUGGCCCAAGCACAGCAGCACCCACGCCCAAGACCAUGGGGGUGGCGGAGCCCCUCUACAGAAGCAGUCAGAAAAAAGAGAAUCUCAGUGUGCGGAGUGCCACCAGCUCUCCUAUAGAGAAGAGAGAGAAGGAGGAGGCUGUCUUCCAAGUGAGCUACCCAUCUGCUUUCAGCAAGCUGAUUGCAUCAAGGCAAGUCAGUCCUCUGCUCACGGCUCAGUCUUGGUCUCCUAGCAGGAGCAUGUCUCCUAACCUUUUAAACGGAGGGCCACCACUUGCUUUCAAUGUUGCCAAUCCCAGCAGUGGAGCUGACUACCCAGACCCAUUUGCAAAUGGUGCUGACAUACAGGUCAGCAACAUCGACUACAGAUUAUCCCGCAAGGAGCUGCAGCAGCUCAUCCAAGAGGCGUUCUCCAGGCAUGGCAAGGUGAAGAGUGUUGAGCUCAGUCCCCACACGGACUAUCAGCUCAAGGCCAUUGUUCAGAUGGAAAACCUGCAGGAAGCCAUCUGUGCCAUGAACAGCCUACACAGGUAUAAAAUUGGCAGCAAGAAGAUCCUGGUCUCACUUGCCACAGGAGCUGCUAACAAAUCCCUCUCUUUACUAAGUGCAGAAACAGUGUCUAUCCUCCAGGAUGCUCCUGCCUGUUGUUUGCCUCUCUUUAAAUUUACGGACAUCUAUGAGAAAAAGUUUGGUCACAAGUUGAAUGUGGCAGAUUUGUAUAAAUUAACAGACACAAUAGCAGUCCGCGAACAGGGAACCGGACGGCUCGUGUGUCUCUUACCCAGCAGCCAGGCCCGCCAGAGCCCCCUCGGGUCUUCUCAGUCACAUGAUGGCUCCUCCACGAAUUGCAGCCCAAUUAUAUUUGAAGAGUUAGAAUAUCAUGAACCUGUCUGCAGACAGCAUUGUUCCAAUAAGAACUUCAGUGAACAUGAAUUUGAGCCUGACUCUUACAAGAUUCCUUUUGUGGUUCUGUCUUUGAAGACAUUUGCACCCCAAGUUCAUAGUCUUCUCCAGACCCACGAGGGCACGGUGCCUUUGUUAAGCUUUCCAGAUUGCUAUGCUGCAGAGUUCGGUGACCUAGAGAUCAUGUGGGAAAGCCACGGUGGUGUCCCCUUAGAACACCUCAUCACCUGCAUCCCAGGUGUGAACAUUGCCACUGCUCAGAAUGGCGUCAAAGUAGUGAAGUGGAUUCACAACAAGCCCCCGCCUCCCAAUGCUGACCCUUGGCUUUUGCGUUCUAAAAGUCCUGUGGGUAAUCCCCAGUUGAUCCAGUUCAGCAGAGAAGUCAUUGACUUACUGAAGAACCAGCCGUCCUGUGUCAUACCAAUCACUAACUUCAUCCCGUCAUACCACCAUCAUUUUGCAAAGCAGUGUCGGGUUUCGGACUAUGGCUAUUCCAAGUUGAUUGAGCUGCUAGAAGCAGUGCCUCACGUGUUGCAGAUUCUUGGGAUGGGCUCCAAGCGUUUGCUGACCCUCACCCACAGGGCCCAGGUGAAGCGCUUUACUCAGGAUUUACUCAAACUUCUCAAGUCGCAGGCCAGCAAGCAGGUCAUCGUGAGAGAAUUCUCACAGGCUUAUCAUUGGUGUUUCUCAAAGGACUGGGAUGUCACUGAAUAUGGUGUUUGUGAGUUGGUUGACAUCCUGUCAGAAAUCCCAGAUACAACCAUCUGCUUAUCCCAACAAGAUAACGAUACAGUGAUUUGUAUCCCCAAAAGAGAACGUACUCAGGAUGAAAUAGAAAGGACAAAACAGUUCUCCAAGGAUGUUGUUGACUUGCUGCGUCACCAGCCCCACUUUCGAAUGCCCUUUAAUAAAUUUAUUCCCUCUUACCAUCAUCACUUUGGCCGGCAGUGCAAACUUGCAUACUAUGGGUUUACCAAACUACUUGAACUUUUUGAAGCCAUACCUGAAAUUUUACAAGUUUUGGAAUGUGGAGAAGAAAAAAUCCUAACUUUGACAGAAGUGGAGCGAUUCAAAGCUCUAGCUGCCCAGUUUGUUAAACUUCUGCGAUCCCAGAAAGACAACUGCCUUAUGAUGACAGAUCUACUCACAGAGUACGCGAAAACCUUCGGGUAUACGUUUCGCCUCCAAGACUAUGACGUCAGUUCAAUUUCAGCUUUAACCCAGAAACUCUGCCAUGUUGUAAAGGUGGCUGACAUGGACUCUGGCAAACAGAUUCAGCUGAUCAACCGGAAGUCUUUGCGGUCUCUCACUGCCCAGCUGCUGGUGUUGUUGAUGUCCUGGGAAGGAGCUACCUACCUUUCUGUCGAUGAGCUCAGGACACAUUAUGAAACCACCCACAGUACUUCUCUCAACCCUUGUGAAUACGGAUUCAUGACUUUGACUGAGCUACUCAAGAGUCUGCCCUACUUGGUUGAGGUGUUUACCAGCGAUAACACGGAAGAGUAUGUGAAGCUCACAAGUCUGUACUUGUUUGCUAAGAAUGUGCGCUCCUUACUUCACACUUACCACUACCAGCAGAUCUUCCUCCAUGAGUUUUCUGUGGCCUAUACCAAGUAUGUUGGGGAAACACUGCAGCCCAAGACGUAUGGCUACAAUAGUGUGGAGGAGCUUCUGGGAGCCAUCCCGCAGGUGGUGUGGAUAAAAGGACAUGGUCACAAGAGAAUUGUAGUGUUAAAAAAUGACAUGAAAAACCGGCUGAGCUCACUCAGCCUCUGCCCUGCCAGUCAUGAAAGCCAGCCUCCAGACAGCAAACAGAUCCUGGAGGUGCCCGAACUGCACACAGCCUCAGAACUCCAGCUUGGAGCAGGUGGCGAUGGUCCCAGUCAGGCGGAGCAGGAGCUUCUUCACUUGGCCAGCAGCUCCCCUGUGGACCUUCUUUGUGCACCCGUCCCUUCAUGCCUACCGUCCCCUCAGCUGAGACCAGAUCCCGUCAUCCUGCAGCCUGCUGAUCUCAUUCAGUUUGAGGAACGCCCUCAAGAGCCUUCAGAAAUUAUGAGUUUAACCCAAGAAGAAAGCACUGAAACUGCAGUCAUAGUAAAGAAGGAAAACCCAUCCUCUGAUUCCUGCUCAUCUUGUGCCCCAGCAGCUGCCUCGGCUUCUCACGGCCCCUCCUCGGAAGCCCCUGAGUUGCUGCUCAGCAAGGACCCUGUGGAAAGCCCCGCCAAAAAGCAGCCCAAAAAUCGAGUAAAAUUGGCAGCCAACUUUUCCUUUGCACCUGUAACCAAGCUUUAACUUUCAUUUUGGACAUAGAAUUAGGAUGGGGAAAAACUGUCUGAUUCUACACACAAAAAUGGGCUCAAAAGCAUCCUCUUCUGUUUUAAUGACAACCCUUUGGAAGCCACUCACUUCUUAGAUUUCUCCACACCAUGUGAUCUAGUUUUGACCUUUCAGCUGAUGUUUUUCUUUAUUUUCCAAUUCUUUGAAAGAACUUUGACCAUUGUUAAAGAAUCCUUAAUAUGUUUUACCAAAUUUUCCUUAGCUAUUACGAAGCAUGGCAGUGUUCCAGAAGUAAGUAGCAAGAACUCAGCUAGCAAGGAGUGGCUUGACGUCCAUGGAGCCGCCUCAGUGGUCUGGUCCUUCAUAGAGCCUGGCAGCGUCUCCCGUCCUUUGGUUUCUGAAGCACACCCUGUCUGGUUCUGUGAUGCAGUUUCACACCCUGGAGGAGCAUCGGGAGGAGAGAUGUUUUCAGGCUGACAUAGGAAGGCUUCUGUGUUGACUUGUCUGUGUGCCUUGUUUUUAUGUAACUGUCUCUAGUUGACAAAUGUGGCUUCAUCACAAUUUAUUUUAAACAUUUCCAUUUAGGAAUUCCAUUUUGGAGCUUUCUAGAAAGUUGAACAUGUUAUAAGCUUCCCUUCUGUGUUCAGUUCCAGUUUUACGUGGAGUGGGUUAAGGAGAGGAGGCGGUCUUGGUGCAGGUGUGUCGGGGCAGAUGUGAGCGACAGCGCACGCCCUUGUGUGCCGGCCAGUGCGAGAGUCUGAUUUUCUCAACUAUGCAUCAGAUGCAUAAAAUACAAGUCAGAGCAGAGUGAUGAGGUGCUUUAGCAGGAAUGGAAUCAAUAUUGUGUCCACUAGGAAGAGACCAGAAUUCUAUCUGCACAGGUGAAGGCCAAGGUUGACAAGCCUAACCUUGUUGUUGUAAUUUUAAAGCUGGUGUUGGCAUCUGGGAAGCUUUCCGUGUGAGGCUGUGCAUUUGUAUGUUAGUUCAGUGUCUUUUUACUUUGUGAUUUGUCACUAUUGGAAGCAUGUUUGGGUUGUUUUUUUUUUGUUUUUUUUUGUUUUUUUUUUUUUUCCUUUUUGCGGUGUCUGACGUUGGUCUUUGGGAAAAGCCAGCCUUUGUGGGCACCGCCCCGUGGAAUGGUCUUCUCUCUGGGUGCCUGAGGUGUCUGCUCACAGGAGGCCUAACUUCCCUGCUGGAGAAACCUGACAUUUACAAUGGGUUGUAUUUGUCGGGCUGAACAGGGAGGGUCCAUUCAUGGAGCAGAAAGGGCCUGUCGGCAUGGUGUCCCAUGAGUUAAGGCCCGUUGGUGCGGUCUCCCACGAGUUAGGGCCCGUCAGUGCGGUCUCCCGCGAGUUAGGGCUCGUCGGCACAGUCUCCCACUAGUUAGGUGACACUUCUUGGGGAAUGUUUAUAUUUUGUAAUUUCUAGAAAGCCAGAAGAUGGAUUCUGAUUUAGUAGCCAGCAUUUUUAUAAAUGCCACAAAGUAAGGGCUCUAGAGAGGUUUUUACCAGUUGGAUUUUUGUUCCCUAAAUCUUUUAAAUGAAGCCAGUGAUUCCCAGUUUUCAGCACACGACCCCAAUCAAGAUGGAGCCACACUGGAGACUCCACCAGCUCUUGUGAGGACGUCUCCUCUGCAGACAUAGUGGUACAGGAAGCAAAAUGCCCGUGUGCAGGUUUUUUAAAGGCGCUUUUAAAAGAUGUAAUGAAUUGGUGUUGAGAACAUCAGUUGCCUUAUUCUGAAACUUCCUAAGGCCACAUUUGCACACUUGGACUUCAGCUUUGCUAGUGUGGGAAGAAUUAUGGACUUAAACAACAUGAGGUGUCACUACAAGUCACUUGGAACCAUCUCAAAGAGCUGGUUCCAUGGGCAACAAAGAAACAGUCUGCACUGUCAUGUGAUUGCGUGCCAUUCUCUGGGCUGCCAGUCCAGAGCACAUUUGACUAGCAAUUGCUGCUUAAAACUGCGACUGUGGUGGAGGCUGGUCGUAUUCAUGACGUAUUCCAUAGUGGUCAGCUCAGUCGCUAUCUAUUUUUUUAUCCAGAGGCUUAAUUAAAUGAUGAUGCAAUGGUGUGCGUGCAUUGAGAUGAUGCUUUAUUUCUGGGUGGAAGGAUGUACCAAAUUUAUCUGUUUAAAAAGACAAAAGUUAUCACCAAAAUCCCCUCUCCCAUCUCACACUGUUUGCUUUGGAUUGGGCUUUGAACGAGAUAUUUUUCUUAACUGUCUACUUUGUUUGAACACUUUUUUUGUGGUUCAAGUGAUGUUUUGUGUGUUGGGACCAAACAGUUGUCAAUAAACUUUAUGAGCAAGCAUUGGCA